AUGAGACCUACGUCGCCCAAGUACCGAACUGAAGAUAUUUCGUUUUAUGAAAUAAACAGCAUCCCCUACCAGCUUCAUGGGACCAACUCUCCUAUAACGACAAUUACCACAACUUCAUUGAGGGCGUACAGGUCGACAGACUUCCACCUGAAACCAGGUGUGACUCCGCGAUGUAUUGUGUAUAAGCAGAAGAAUUCCAAGCUGAUGGCUUGGGAAGCGGAAAUUUGCGAUACGAACUAUAAACGAGGUAUAAUUGAGCUCAGAGACUUCUUUAGCAAGACCCGCUUGUUGGCGGUCAUCACGCGUAAAAAUCCGAGAGUUGACUCCAAAUCAGCGGAAGACAUUGUUAUUUCCCCGACUAUUCGGUCGCGAACGAAAAUUUCGACGUAGAACCGUACCCCUGCAAAUGAAGGACGAGGGUCUUGGCCACCCUUGUAAUGCCGACACCAGGUCAUGUGUCAACAUGGCAUGCAGAUUUAACCAACUUAAAUAUACGAAACGCUCCCGCAGGUACCAAACAUGUAUCACGUCUAAAGAUUAUGUUUGGCAACCGAUUGUAAGGUGAUCGGGGUCAAACUGGGUUUCUUCUUUAAUUUCCAGCUGGUCCUCUGUACCAAUACUUUACAACGAAUGGGCCAGAAGAUCCUUCACUUUGUCGACGAGGGUGACAUGGUUGAGUCCAAGAAUGGCCAUUGGCACACGAUGGAGUCGUACGUUGCCAUAGCGUGGAAGCA